AUGUCGACUGAGGACCCUUUCUCUUUCCUCGGCGAGGAACCGAAACAGGCACAGAGCAAGAAGCCACACUGGAGGGAGAAGCUGUUCUCCAAGGACAAAAAGGCCAAGGGAGCCACAGACCAACAAAUUGAAGCCUUCUUGGGACCUACUCGCUCGAAAUCUCUAUCCUACGGAGCAACAGCCACCCAGCGAGAAUUGCGGCCGCUUCGUCCUGACGCUGCCAGUCGGUGGCCCUCCGCGCAGGAUGUGCUCAAUGCUUCAUCCUCGAUCGCCGCCGCCCAUGAUGUCACUUCAAUGGCGGACUUUACGAAACCACCGUUCAAAAGUCGCCCUCGCAAAGGCGCAAAGGUCAGGUUUGCCGACAGGGCGCCUGAGAUCAUCGGAGAAGGAGGUGACGAAGUAGAGGUCCCAACAAUGGAAAUCUCCCUGGAUCGAAACAGAGCUCAGAGUCUGGAAUCCAAUGGGUCUGACAGCCAUUCUGGAACGGACGGGCCCCCUCAAUUGCGUCUCGAUACUUCGAUUGGAGCGAAUGAUGGGCCUACGCCUCGCGAGCGAAACCUUGAACAUCCCAAGGCUCUCUCUCUAGGGACGAGACCAGAAGACUGGAAACCACUUCUUCUACAAAACGCCCAAGAUGCAGAUUUCCUGAUGACUCUGAGUCUUGGAGAAAGAGGCUCCCGUCUGUCAUUUCGCGCUUCCCCUGAGUCAAAUUCCUUUGCGCAACGCGUUCGGGCAAAGAUGCAAGCUGAGGAGGGCCUUGCUUUACAACAUCGCCUUUCAGAACCCACGUCGCCCGGUGAUGAAAACGAAGUUCAAUCUCCGGCCCCAAGAAUUCCAGAUAGCCCUAGUUCGACCUAUGAGACGCCUCCGAUUUCCGAGACUGAGCCAACUGCCCCGGAUAACCCAUUCAAGGACACCCCAAGCCAUCCCUCGGUCACUCGAUCUGUGGCGUCCGAGAGGCCUAUCCUUUCUCCGGUACUCUCCUCUAUCCGUCAGCCAGUUCCCAGUCUCCCUGUUCCUGAGAUCACAAGCCGGUCAUCCAGUAGGGACGCUCGGGAUACGUCUCGGGGUCCACAGCCACCUAAGUUCACACUUAAGUCGAUUGCGAAUCAAUUAGGCGACACUGCGUUUGCAGACCUGAAGGCGUAUGUGGUGCAGUUCCGGGAUCCAAUCGAGAUCGCUGCCGAAAGUGUCAAGCCGCUUGUUGGAACCCCGCUUUCGGAAUGGAUGAGGGCGGCAUUGUGGUGGUUUUUGCGUGGGAAGAAGAGACUAGAAACUUAUGCGCGGUCGCGUCCCUCGAGUUCUGAGAGCGCAAAGCAGGCAAUUGUCGAUCUCGCCAAGGCAUUGUGGAUUACCGAAAACAUCGUUCCACAACAUGAGGAACUGGCUCGAUACGUGGCAAGUACGACUGGUAACAAGGAGCUGGCCGAUCUCCUGAGCCUGAGUCAAACGAUUCUGAAUCAUUUGCGUUCACUGGCCAUGUCCAUCAAGAGAAACAAUAUCCUCAUGACUCUCUCACAGGAGCGUUCGCCAAGUGACAUCGAUAGCACUGUCUGGGUUGAGUAUCCCGCCUUUGCUCCUGAUGUUGCUGCCAUUCUAUCCGGAACGGCGACGAAAUCCUUGCUGGCCGACAAAGCCGGAAAAUCUUACAGCUUUGUGCAGAUGAUGCCAGUGAGCGACACCAAUCGUUAUUUCAGCUAUGGAAGCAUGUUCGUCGAUGUUUGUAUCGCAUCCAGCGAUGAUGACGACAAGCAACAUCCUAUCCCGUGCGCAUUGUCUAUAAUCCGAGAUAGAGCUGACUGGUAUGUCUUUGCGGCUAUAACCAGUCAGAGUGACUUGGCCAAUAUUAUCAUCCAGUCGGAUAAGAAGAAUGGCCCUACUUGGGAAAGUGUGAGUUGGCACGUCCGGUCACACGCCAUGCGCGUCAAGCUCCCCCGGGGCUUUGAGUUACAUGUCCAGUUCCAGGAGGAGGAUUUCAAGAACAUCUGGAACAUUGUUCAAUACACUUCCAAAACUGAAGCAAGUCUGAAGCCUGAAAAGAAUGAGACAUUGGUCUAUGAGAACACUCUCAAGACCUUCCGCUACAUUGACUCUGGAACUCCCAAAGCUUUCCCUCCUGAGCCUGUUGAGAAAUGUCGCUUACGUUUGUUCGAGAGAACCGUGCCUUUGAACGAGGGCACAGGCCAGCGCAUGCAGCACCAGGGCUUCCGGAUAGCGAUUCUCACCAGUCCCAAGGUCAAAACCCUAAGCAGCGUGCGUCACAUUCUCGGAAACGGCGCUCCCUUGGUCUUCGGUCUCCUCCGUGGUGACGAUGGAGCACCCGCUCUUCUGCUCAAAGUCAAGGAGGAUGGUAGUACGAGGUCUAUGUUGAUGGCUUUUGACGAGCUCGAGGAGCGGACAAUGUUGCAUUCUUUGCUCUUGGGAAUACUACCACAAGAGCGCGAGGCGAAAUCCUCCGACAUCUCCAUCCGUGCCUUUACAAUCGAGCAGCCGGCGGAUCGAGUCACUGGUAAACCCGCCAGGGAACAUAUCCAAUUCCCAGCCGGCACUAUCUCGAUCAUUGACGAACAGUAUACCCGACCUGAUCACGGUUAUGGCCCUACUGUCCUCUCGGAACAUCUGCGUGCCUUCAUCGCCACGGAAUGGGGCUCGGUUACGGAUCGUCUUAAUCUCGGCCCUGGUGAGCUGCGGCUUGGCCUCGAUGUCAACAAUCGGACAGGGCUUAGCCUAUACCGACCGGGGCAGAAAGACCUUACUGUUUCCGUCGCGGAGAACAUGGUCAUUCCUGAAAUGCCCGAUAAGCUUACAGAUUCCCUGCAACAAAUCAUGGUGAAACCGACGAUCAGACGCUUCGACUUUGCUACCGUACAGGAUCUUCACACAUUCCAACAGGCCGUGACAGGGUUUAAGGUGCUUUUUGACAGUGUGGCUUCGUCUUUCGCCAUAUCUCGACGUCGCAUGGUGGUCCCCAUCACCAAGAAAUGGGAAUCGAGCCUCGCUCGAGUUCAGGUUAUCCGCCGCGACAGAGUUGUCCAGCUGGUGGCUUUUCUCAGUGGCUUUCACUAUGGACGGUGUAUGAACUUCAUACUCAAGGGCACAGACACCCUCGAGUCAUUCGGCAAAACCGGCAAGUUUGGCGUCCGCAUUGUCGAUGCUAAAUUCGCGUUGCCGAAAUCCGACGAUGAUCCUGCCUCCAACUUUGUCUCGUUGGACACACCAGACUAUCCCAUGGAACAUGAUGAUAUCUCAAUUGCAUUCGACUCUGAAGCAGAAAUGGGAACCUCCACGCGUUCACUCCAUGCGGACGAUGCGCUGAAUGUGGUCUCAGAUGUUGCUCCUCCAAUCCAUGUCGCCACUACAUUCCGGUAUUCUGAUAACCCUGACGAUCUUGUGCCAUGCGCAGACCUCACAGGCGACAAAGAGCAGGACAAGACAGCACACAUCUACUCCAGACUUUCGACGCCUGGCUCCACCCGUUUUGAAGCCAUUCUCUCGUCCCUUCUCAAUGGCGAAGCUAUCAGCUAUUCUUCGGGCCUGUCGGCCCUGCAUGCAGCCCUGACGCUGCUCAAUCCUCGCCGUAUCGCGAUCGGAAAUGGCUACCAUGGGUGUCAUGGUGUGAUCGCACUUUUCAGCCGCGUGACGGGGCUUCAGAAGCUGGACCUUGACUGCCCCGCGGAGCAAUUGGAAGCGGGCGACGUGAUUCAUUUAGAGACGCCAGUAAAUCCGGAGGGAACAGCAUUUAACAUCGAAGCCUACGCGAAGAAGGCGCACUCCCGAGGGGCGUACCUUAUCGUUGACGGUACAUUUGCACCUCCAUUUCUACAGGAUCCAUUCAAGUGGGGCGCUGAUCUGGUUCUGCACUCGGGGUCCAAAUACUUUGGGGGCCACAGCGAUGUUCUUUGCGGCGUGCUUGCCACCCAGCGCAAGGAUUGGGCCCAACAGCUGUUCCAGGACAGGAUUUUUCUGGGGAGUGUCAUGGGAAACAUGGAGAGCUGGUUGGGUGUGAGGAGUCUUCGCACUCUCGAAGUUCGAGUCCAGCGCCAGAGUGAGAACGCAACAAAGCUUGUUUCAUGGCUCCACGAUGCUCUUUCUGCGCAGAAUCCUGCUUCCGGCAGUGAUGACUCAUUUACUCAGGCAGCUCUUCAGAGUGUUCUCCACGCGAGUCUACAGAAGGAGGACGAGUCGUGGUUGUUGAAGCAGAUGCCUAAUGGGUUUGGACCGGUCUUUUCGAUCAUCAUGAAGACGGAAGAUUUUGCUCGCAAGCUCCCUAGCAAGCUCGCAUUCUUCCAACAUGCCACUAGUCUGGGAGGGGUAGAAACACUGAUUGAAUGGCGAACUAUGUCGGACACAACGGUUGAUCGCCGGUUGCUGCGGAUCAGCGUUGGGCUGGAGAAUUGGGAGGAUCUUCGGCAGGAUUUGGUGACCGCAUUUAAGGCUCUAAUGUCAUCAUCCCAACCACCACCACCAACCUUCCAAAUCCACUACUUCUCCACCGCAACCAGCUACACAGGCAAAUCCACCGAGCGUCUACCCGCCCCGCUGGCUCUGCGCGAACUCUUUCCGCUCCUCGAGUCCCGGUACCCGGGCAUCACGGCCGCUGUGUUACGCACUUGCGGCGUUAGCGUCCGCGAGGAGUAUGUGGAUGUUGAGGGGGAGGAUGGCGGCACUGUUGUUAUUGGGGCUGGGGAUGAGGUUGCGGUUAUUCCGCCUGUUAGUUCGGGGUGA